AUGGUUUUAAGGAACAAUUUUGAAAAAACGUUAAGGGACUUGGAAACGAGAAUUAAGGAAUUAGAGCAAAGUAACGAAGGGUUACGUUCACAAUUCAAAUAUUUUGAAGAAAAACUUGGAGAACGAGAAGAAACCAAAGCCAAGCAAGAAAUUAUUAAUAAUUUAGAAGAAAAGAUUAGAGAACGAGAAGAAGUGUAUAAUUUGAUUGAAAGUUUUGCUGAAGAGUUAUCCACGUAA